AUGCCGGAACUUCUCGGUCCAGGAAUCCUGCCUACAUCGCUGAAGCACCGUGCCAGCCGCACCACCCUGCACCGGCCCACGAUCUACCGAACUACCGACGUUCCUGCCCCGCAGCGCCACACCCGGAACUACCAUACAACUCGCCUAUCCUACUCUUCCUUGCCUGUUCACGGUCACCCGGUUCCUACACCUGCCGUGCUGCUGUCACGAAUGCCGGAACUUCUCGGUCCUGGAAUCCUGCCUACAUCGCUGAAGCACCGUGCCAGCCGCACCGCCCUGCACCGGCCCACGAUCUACCGAACUACCGACGUUCCUGCCCCGCAGCGCCACACCCGGAACUACCAUACAACUCACCUAUCCUACUCUUCCUUGCCUGUUCACGGUCACCCGGUUCCUACACCUGCCGCGCUGCUGUCACGAAUGCCGGAACUUCUCGGUCCUGGAAUCCUGCCUACAUCGCUGAAGCACCGUGCCAGCCGCACCGCCCUGCACCGGCCCACGAUCUACCGAACUACCGACGUUCCUGUCCCGCAGCGCCACACCCGGAACUACCAUACAACUCGCCUAUCCUACUCUUCCUUGCCUGUUCACGGUCACCCGGUUCCUACACCUGCCGCGCUGCUGUCACGAAUGCCGGAACUUCUCGGUCCUGGAAUCCUGCCUACAUCGCUGAAGCACCGUGCCAGCCGCACCGCCCUGCACCGGCCCACGAUCUACCGAACUACCGACGUUCCUGCCCCGCAGCGCCACACCCGGAACUACCAUACAACUCGCCUAUCCUACUCUUCCUUGCCUGUUCACGGUCACCCGGUUCCUACACCUGCCGCGCUGCUGUCACGAAUGCCGGAACUUCUCGGUCCUGGAAUCCUGCCUACAUCGCUGAAGCACCGUGCCAGCCGCACCACCCUGCACCGGCCCACGAUCUACCGAACUACCGACGUUCCUGCCCCGCAGCGCCACACCCGGAACUACCAUACAACUCGCCUAUCCUACUCUUCCUUGCCUGUUCACGGUCACCCGGUUCCUACACCUGCCGUGCUGCUGUCACGAAUGCCGGAACUUCUCGGUCCUGGAAUCCUGCCUACAUCGCUGAAGCACCGUGCCAGCCGCACCGCCCUGCACCGGCCCACGAUCUACCGAACUACCGACGUUCCUGCCCCGCAGCGCCACACCCGGAACUACCAUACAACUCACCUAUCCUACUCUUCCUUGCCUGUUCACGGUCACCCGGUUCCUACACCUGCCGCGCUGCUGUCACGAAUGCCGGAACUUCUCGGUCCUGGAAUCCUGCCUACAUCGCUGAAGCACCGUGCCAGCCGCACCGCCCUGCACCGGCCCACGAUCUACCGAACUACCGACGUUCCUGUCCCGCAGCGCCACACCCGGAACUACCAUACAACUCGCCUAUCCUACUCUUCCUUGCCUGUUCACGGUCACCCGGUUCCUACACCUGCCGCGCUGCUGUCACGAAUGCCGGAACUUCUCGGUCCUGGAAUCCUGCCUACAUCGCUGAAGCACCGUGCCAGCCGCACCGCCCUGCACCGGCCCACGAUCUACCGAACUACCGACGUUCCUGCCCCGCAGCGCCACACCCGGAACUACCAUACAACUCGCCUAUCCUACUCUUCCUUGCCUGUUCACGGUCACCCGGUUCCUACACCUGCCGCGCUGCUGUCACGAAUGCCGGAACUUCUCGGUCCUGGAAUCCUGCCUACAUCGCUGAAGCACCGUGCCAGCCGCACCGCCCUGCACCGGCCCACGAUCUACCGAACUACCGACGUUCCUGUCCCGCAGCGCCACACCCGGAACUACCAUACAACUCGCCUAUCCUACUCUUCCUUUCCUGUUCACGGUCACCCGGUUCCUACACCUGCCGCGCUGCUGUCACGAAUGCCGGAACUUCUCGGUCCUGGAAUCCUGCCUACAUCGCUGAAGCACCGUGCCAGCCGCACCGCCCUGCACCGGCCCACGAUCUACCGAACUACCGACGUUCCUGUCCCGCAGCGCCACACCCGGAACUACCAUACAACUCGCCUAUCCUACUCUUCCUUGCCUGUUCACGGUCACCCGGUUCCUACACCUGCCGCGCUGCUGUCACGAAUGCCGGAACUUCUCGGUCCUGGAAUCCUGCCUACAUCGCUGAAGCACCGUGCCAGCCGCACCGCCCUGCACCGGCCCAUGAUCUACCGAACUACCGACGUUCCUGCCCCGCAGCGCCACACCCGGAACUACCAUACAACUCGCCUAUCCUACUCUUCCUUGCCUGUUCACGGUCACCCGGUUCCUACACCUGCCGCGCUGCUGUCACGAAUGCCGGAACUUCUCGGUCCUGGAAUCCUGCCUACAUCGCUGAAGCACCGUGCCAGCCGCACCGCCCUGCACCGGCCCACGAUCUACCGAACUACCGACGUUCCUGCCCCGCAGCGCCACACCCGGAACUACCAUACAACUCACCUAUCGUGCUCCCAGGACUAUCAGCAUCCCAAUCUACACCGGCAUCACCACGUAUAA